AUGGCGAAUGCUGAAGAUGCUGCAGCCGCAGCGGCGGCGGCGGCGGCGGCGGUAGCAGCAGCCGGGUCUACAACCGACACCGACAUGGGCAGCUGCGCGCCCCCCUCACCGUCCUCCAUAGGGUCCCUCGCCCCCUUCUGCGACAACCCCGCCUACACGUCUGCCGACGCCAUGCGGGAGGCGAUCCGCGGGAUGGAGUCCGAUCUCGUGGACCUGGUCUUCAGCGGCAGCUCGCGCGCCCCGCCCCGCGAGCUGGAGGACUGGCUCAAGGUGCCGCUGGAGUACGCCACGGCCAGCGGCAACCUGGCCGUCGUGAAGCGCUUGCUGUCCGCGGGCGUGGGGACCGACCCGCCGUCCAACGGCAUGCGACUCAGGCUCCUCCUGCAUACCGCCGCGGGCAGCGGGAACGCGGGCGUCAUCGAGGAGGUCCUCAAGUCCGGGGCAAGCGUGGACGAGGUGGACAAGGACCGGAACGACCGAACGGCGCUCCACGUUGCCGCCAUGUCCGGCUGCGACGCCGCUGUAAGGGCCAUCGCGAGCGACCCCAGGGCGGUGGUCAACGUGGCGGACACGCGCGGGUGGACGCCCCUUCACAUCGCGGCGAACGCCGGGUAUCGCGGGGUGGUGGUGUUCCUCCUGCUCAAGGGGGCCAAGUCGUGGCUAAAGAUCGCCUCGACGGGGGACUCGCCGCUCCACCUGGCGGCGGCAAGCAACCACGCCGGAGUGAUCGAGGACCUGCUGACCCUCGGCAGGGCUCCCGUGGGGAUGUGUAACGGCGCUGGACAGACAGCGCUGCACGUUGCGGCUCGCUUGCAUCGUCUCGGGGCCUGCAUCGCCCUCUUGCGGGGCGGCGCCACGGUAGGCCGCGUCUGCUCCAAGGGCCUGAGCUGCCUCGACACCGCUGCGUGGAACGGCCACUCCGGCCAGCUCCUGCAGAUCCUGACGGCGGGCGAGUCUCCGGCCGACCGCAAGCGGCGUUGCAGCCUGGCCCUCUACUACGCCGCCAAGGCCAACAAGACCGACACCAUCCGCGACCUCGUAGACCUCGGUGCAGACGUGAACACGACGAGGUCGGCCGGGAACACAAACCUCCACUGCACGGCUACCCGGGGGGCGUACGCGGCCACGCAAGCUCUGCUACAGACGGGCGCGAACCUCGAGAUCAGGAAUAACGAAGGGGCUACGGCUCUGCACCGCGCGUGCAGCUUCUCUCAGUCGGACACGGUGCAGCUGCUAUUGCGUUGGGGCGCCGACGAAACCGCCACCAACUACGACAACCUGACCGCGCACGACCUGGUGGGGCAUUCGGUGGAGGAGGAGCUGUUGUCCAACGAGGCCCUCGUGAGCAAGGAGCUCGUCGACACCGCUAUCCGCUCGAUGCUCGUCAACGCCCCGGCCGACCGCGUCUGGCGCCGUAGGGGCUGGCUGGUGCUCUGUCGCGCCCGGUGGCUGGCCAGGGUAGCCGAGAAGAGGAAGCCGCUCCUGGCGCCAGUUGCUUCGGCAUGCAGCGGCGGCGGCAGCAGCCGUGGUGCCGGCGCUGGCACUGGUGGUGCUGCUGCUGGAGGUGCUGCUGGUGCUGCUGCUGCUGUGUCCUCAGGAAAGGGUCCUGCUAACAAGAGGCGCAGAGCAAAGGCGGGAGGAGGGGGGGCGAGAGGGGGCGGAAGCGCGGCAUCGAAGGCGGGCGCCCCUUCUUCGAGCGGAAAGGGCAAGGGGCAGGCUCCUCAAUCCCAGGGGGGAGGCAAGAGAGCCAGCGGCGCCCGCACGGAAGGGUCGGUGGCUGCGGGGUUGUCUCCGUCAUCUCGGAAGAACUUCUCGAAGGAUAAGCUGUGCUGCUUGUUCGGUAGGCGUGAGAAUGGCGUUGCUGGGGCGGGAGCGGCGCCUACGGUGGGGCCGGGCGUGGUGCAGCCGCCCCAGUUGAGGCUAGGACGAGAGAGCCUGUUGCGCGAGGGCGGCCCUGCUGCGGCUGGGAAGGUGGAGGUGCCGGGGGCGGAGGAGAGGCCAGGGUUUGUGGUGGCGGUGGAGCGUCUCCUGCUGCUACGAGAGGAGGGGGUUUUUCGCGACAUCGUGAGCUUCUUGUAGCGGGCUGGCCGGGUUGCCUUCCGGGCACAUUCGUUCGCGAGGAGGAGGGGAGAGGGGAUGGUACGCGAGAUUGCGGUCUGCUACAUCAUCGGCCAUUCCGGAAGGCAUAGCAGCUGCGUCGCUGUCGAGAUUCGGUAUACCGUACAAUUAGUGGAAACGGUUUUUACCGUGUCGUUUUCUUGCACGCGUACUGCACACUAGGUAGAAAGAAGGGAGCCGUCAAAGGCCGAACGGUGUCGAGUUUGCUUGUGCCGAGGGCAACCUUGUCAAACCCCAGCGAGCUCGCAUGUUCUCGUAUCAACGUGGGUGUGGCGGUUACACUUGGCUGUUGUGUAGCAGAGAAAUAACCGUACCGUGUGUAUUUGAUACAGCGAUGCAGCAUGCGGUGUUCACGGUCGUUGUUGCUGUUGUUGCUGUU